CGACAAACUUUUGAAGAACAGUAUUGACUUGACUUUGAAGUUUACAAAUUUAUCAAAUUAAUCGUACUCAAGGAAGAAAACAAAAACCACUGCCACUAAAAUCCAAGAAACGGGAAGCACUUUUGGGUCACUCGCGUACGUUACUGAAACAGUGGAAACAUACGAAUUACAUGUCCAAUUUUGUCGUUUAAGCUUCUUCUUGGAAUUACCAGUCAACUUUUGCCGACUUCAAUAUAUUUAAUGCGUUUCAAUUUCAAAGCCAUGAGUAACUCUUUGGCCUUUGGGAUUUCUUCAACUCUUUACACAUUUUCUCCCUUUUAUGGACCAAAGAAAAACACCCCAACAUGGAGUUUCUGGAUAAAUUUUACUGUGUUUCUCACAGUUAGAGCACUAGAUUCUCAAAAUUGUUAUUUUCUUCAUUGCUUCUGAGUUUUUAUUUUUAUUUAUUUAUUGAGAUAUGGGUUGGAAAUACAAUGCUGGAUUGGGGUUAAUAGGAGCUUUUGUGUUUAUAUGGGUUGCUUCUGCUGAGGUUACUCAGUUGUUGUAUCUGCUAUCACUUGCUGGGAAAGAAAUGAGAAGCAACAGAUUAUCAUGCACUAUUGCAAUGUUUAGACUGCUAUCUGAGAGUACAUUCAGAGAGAAAAUUUUUGUAGAGUAUAAACAACCUUUUGUGGUUACAUAUCUGGGGAUCUCUCUUAUGGCAAUCUUCCUGCCUAUAGCAGUUUGUAAAGAUUGGUUAUGCAAUUUAUUAGAGAAGAGUUCAUUGAAGAAACUAUACAAUGAAAAUCUUCUCCUGGACUCAUCAGUCCUAGAUGUGCCACUUAAACUCAAUGACAUGCACAAUCAUCCCGAAGGAGCUUUGAAGAAUUAUUUUUCAGCAGACAUGGAUUGCAGUGACCCUGAAGAAGGCUUGCCGUUGGUUGAUAUCAACCAUAAAUAUGAGUUCCACUUUCUUGAAGAGGACGACCAUGAACGUAACUCAUGGGACCUUGUUAAAUGUAGUUUGUAUCUUGCUCCUUUAUGGUUUGCAACAGAGUAUUUUUCUAACACAGCACUGGCAAAUACAAGUGUGGCUAGUACUACUAUUUUGACCUCUACAUCAGGGCUUUUUACGCUUCUUUUUGGAGCACUCCUCGGCCGGGACUCAAUAACUAUUGCGAAGAUGAUUGCUGUUAUAAUCAGUAUGAGUGGUGUGGCACUGACUACAGCUGGAAAAACAUGGGCUCCUGAUGAAAUGCUGAGUGCAUCUGAGACUGCUAAGCACUCCAUUAUUGGUGAUGUUUUUGGUCUUCUUUCAGCAGUUUGUUAUGGCCUAUUUACAGUGCUCCUCGAGAAAUCUGCUGGAUCAGGAGAAAAGGCAGAUAUGGAGAGGUUCUUUGGAUAUCUUGGAAUAUUCACUUUGUUCGGCCUUUGGUGGAUUGCAUGGCCAUUAAAUGUUGUUGGAUUGGAACCUAAGUUUGAUUUCCCAAGCUCGGCUUCUGUUGCUGAGGUUGUGCUGCUGAAUGGCUUUAUUGGGAGUGUUCUCUCUGACUACUUAUGGGCCCUUUCAGUAGUAUGGACAACACCACUAGUUGCGACACUGGGAAUGUCAUUGACCAUACCUCUUGCUAUGAUUGCUGACAUGCUAGUUCACGGCCGUCAUUACUCUGCAGUGUACAUUCUUGGAUGCAUUCAGGUUUUUGCUGGAUUUGUUAUGGCUAACCUCUCUGACAAGUGUUCGUGCCAAAGAAGAUAACCUCAUGGCUACUCAGUUUCAAGAUGGAGAGCAUUUUAAUCUCAAGUGUAUAAAACAUAUACUGGGGGUAGAGAAAUAAAGUUUUCUUCCCCUCGUGAACAAGAUUUGUAAUAUGUGUUUCAAAGUGUAUAUACUUUGUUAUUUUUGCAGUAUGUAUUCCUUCUC